AUGCGACGAGAAUGUGGGCGCGGGUGCUGCGCUUUGAAAGUGCCAUACGUAUCCAGUACAUGGCACAAUUUGGGUCAAAGUGGAUAUCAGCCCGACUUCGUCCCGACGCCCAGUCCAACAAGCAGCCCGACCAUGAGCCCGCCCUCACCGACUCCAGCACCAGCGCCCGCUCAGAGUUCGGCCGUUGGCGAUCCGCAUAUGCUGAAUGUACAUGGCGAGCGGUUCGAUUUGACGGCGCCAGCUAGCCAUGUCUGGAUCAACAUCUCUCGUGGAGAGCGCGCUGAAAAAGCAUUGCUUCGCGUGCAGGCCAAUGCGCGCCGAAUGGGUUCCUAG